AUGUCCUAUAGACCACCUCAAAUCAAUACUGCCAAUUGUAAUGUUAAUAUGAAUCCACAAUCCGGAUUCACUGCAACCGUUGCCGUCACAGGAUUGCAUUUCGGUCCAAGCAAUAGCUCCAUUUUAAUAGAUGAAGGUGUAUAUUCAGUUCCUACACUUUUGGCUACGACAUCUUAUGACGACGGCAACAUUUUUUUCAAGGCAAACAUGCAAAUGAGAUCAGGUAAUCUAUCAGUUGUUAUUGGUGAUCAGAAAUCAAACGAAGUCUGGUUGGAUAUUAGUCCGUAUAUUACACUGGUGCGUCCACUCAAAGUUAUGGGUGGUCCGGUGACCAUCUAUGGAUAUUAUUUAGCACCAACAUCAUAUAGACAAGAGAAGAUAUUGGAUAUCUAUUUUGACAAAUCAAAGUGUACCAGUAUUAGAAUGGUUGGAUCCAAUAUGAAUCCUUAUACUUUGAUAUGUAACGACGGACCAGCAGGCUACGGAAAUAUUAAUUUAACAUUUGCUUAUGGAAGUGGAAGUUCGAAUAUAAUAUACACUGCUCAAUAUGAAAAACCUGUUAUAGAUAAAGUCUCAUCUACUUAUUACCAGGAGCCAGCUGAUGUCACUAUAUUUGGUAGUGGUUUCGUCAAUGUUCAGCUAGCUGUAAAUAUUGGUGGAUCGGAAUGUACCAACCCUGUAGCAUCGAAGGGUGUCACCAUUGUCUGUAGAUUCCAAUCGGAUGUAGAUAUGUCGAAAACCAAAUCUUUGUUGGUCAAUGUGACUGCCAAUGGAUUUUCAUCUUCGUCGUACUCGUUCAUCUACCUUGCUCGGUCGACAACUUGUCCAAACUGUGAGCACGGUGUCUGUGAUACCAAACUUGGUGUUUGCAACUGUAACUCUGGUUAUAUUGGUGCGACAUGUAACAACAAACUAGCGGAAAUACCAGUAGAUUCUCCAAAGCCAAUGGAGAAUACAACUCAAGUCGAACUUGGUUCACUUCAAAAGAACAUUUUGUUCAAUGUUAGUAUUACAGAGAUUCGUGAAGUCAAUGACUUGGGUGUCAUUCAAAAACAGGUUUUCCUCAAGGACAUCAAGUGGUUCCAUUCGACAGAGAUAAACAAUACUUAUACUUUUUCUGGAAGAUUCAGCGACGAUCCACAGCUACAAGUAGAUAUCUCAAUGCAAGUAUUCACAGAGCAGAAAGAAUACAACUUUUACGGUGAUAUCUUCACGGUAGAUGCAAACUCUGUUAAAUAUCAGGUCACAGUUUCUAAUUGGACAUUCGUAGACAAAAUCAAUUCCAUUCAAAUAUUGUUCCUCUCGCAAAUGCCUAUAAGAUCGGAAUCUGACUGUGUCAACUCAGAGAUUACUGGUGAAACUGUAGAUACCGAGAAAUCACUGAGAAGGCUUGAGGUGCAGCAAGGCAGUGGUAUUUUGACAGCUUACUUCUCGGAUCGUAUGCUUGUCGAUGGCAGAGUUAUACGUAGCUCCGUAAAGAACCUUCCAUUGGACGAUCCUUCUGUGAUUGCACUUGGAAACAAAACCGAAAAUCUAAAUAUCCUUACGGCUAUUUCCGUUGGUAAAUUCGAUCACAACGUUACAAUCGAUCCCAACUUUGGAUCGUUGCUCAUCCAAUCCGACUCCCAAUGUCCUGAUUCCGAGAAUAAAUGGAGAAUACCCGUCAUUGUCACAGUCUGUGUGGUAGGUGGAGUUGCCAUAGCCAUCACAGCAACAAUCGUUUUGAAAAAGAAAUACAAAUAUAAUAUAAUGGUUCAGACUAUAAAAAUGAAGAAAGUUUUUGGAAGUCGAAAGGAUCAUUAA